AUGUCGACCUCUCCUCAGAUUAAGAAAGCAUUAGCUGCUUUAUUGCGUGAUCCUGGUAAUUCUACAUGUGCUGAUUGUAAAACACAGACUCAUCCACGUUGGGCUUCGUGGUCUCUGGGUGUCUUCAUUUGUAUAAAAUGUGCAGGUUUCCAUAGAUCGUUGGGUACACAUAUUUCAAAAGUAAAAUCUGUUGAUUUGGAUACUUGGAAAGAAGAAAAUAUAAUUAUGUUGAUUAAAUUUAAAAAUAAUGACAUGGCCAAUAAAUACUAUGAAUCGAAAUUAUUGAAUGAAAAUAAUGAACCUGUUAAAAUUAAUAUCAAUGAUACAAACAAGUUACAAACUUUCAUUAAAAACAAAUAUGAGUACAAGAAAUGGAUGGGCGAUUCAGGAAAAUUGGAAGAAUUGACUAGUAACUCUUUACAAAAUAAUGAUUUAUUAAAUUCUAGCCAAAAAUCGCAAUUGCAAUCGCAAUCACCAAAAGAAGAACCAGUGGUUAAAAAGAACUCCAUGAACUUGUCCAAUAGUCGUUCAAGCAGUAUAUUAGACUUACAAAAUCUGUCAAAAUCUCCUUCCAAUAACAAUAAUAACAGAUUAAACUCCUCAACUCCUCAACUUUCUCGUGGUAAUAGUAACGGUUUACUGAAUACAGUUGGAAACUCAGCUACUAGCUUGAAUAUACAGAAUCCAAAUGUGAACCGCACUCAACCUCAAGGUGGUGCUCAAAGGCAAGACUUGAAAAAGUCUAUUCUAUCAUUGUACGCAAAGCCAACUAACUCUGCCUCGAAUUUGAGUAAUAACAAUUUGUCAUCUUCAUCCAUCUCAUUAGCAUCGGCAUCAUCAUUUAAUAAUAAUGGCAACAAUAACAAUUCAAAUGUGGUCAAUAUUAAUAAUAACAUUAACAAAAUUAAUAACUUCAACAACAAUAGCAAAUCUUCAUCGACUUAUAAUAUCGAAGACGAUGAAUUAAUGAAAAAUGUAUGGUCAUGA